AUGGCAUCCAUCCCGAAGCUCUCCACUCUCAUUACGUGGGCUUUGUACUUCAUCCCCAUAUACCUCUUCGUCGUCGACCCGCUGCUACGCGGGUUUUUCCCGAGUCUGCUUCCAGCCUCAGACAGCAAAGAUGAUUUAUUCGACGAGACUGGCGGCCCAGGGCCAGGUAUCAACCUGACCGAUGACACUUUCAUCAGUCCUGAGGAUGGUGUGCCAUUCGAAUGUCCCGAUGCCGAGGGCUACAAAGUGCAUCUGCUCUCGCGUACCCCUUUGAUCAUCUACAUCGAGAACUUCGUAUCAGAGAACGAAGCGAACCGAAUUCUAGAGACAAGCUUGGACAAAUAUACACCCUCAAUCGUCUACGAUGGCCAGACCGAACGUGUUGACCCAACCAAACGCCUUUCCGACCGUGCCUUGCUCCCCCGCGAUGACACAGUGCGAUGCCUAGAGGACCGCGCGCGCGCCUUUCAGGGCUGGCGCCCGAACCUCUACAUCGAGCGCAUGUGGGCCCAGCGCUACAACACAUCCGGUCACUACCGGCACCAUUAUGACUGGGCGGGCUCGCUGGCUCGAGGCGGGGAUCGGCUGAGUACGUUUAUGGUCUAUCUUGACGCGGACUGUGAGGGCGGGGGCACGAAUUUCCCCCGGUUGAAGAUGCCGGCUGGGGAAGGGUGGUGUCGGUUCUUGGAGUGCGACCGAAGACAAGAUGGGAAGGAGGAGGAGAUCGAAGGCAUCACGUUCAAGCCGAUCAAGGGUAAUGCGGUAUUCUGGGAGAAUCUUCGGCCCGAUGGGACGGGGUAUCCGGAGACAUGGCACGCUGCGUUCCCUGUUACAAAGGGGACCAAGGUUGGGUUGAAUAUUUGGAGUUGGUACCAGCCGAAGUGGAAGAAUCGCUGA